GUAGCCCCCCAGGGUAUCUGCUCAUCCUCUGGACUUAUCCUUUUUGUGACUUGGGUUUUUUUUAACACAAGGACUUUUGCAGCUCUGCACAUUCAGUUUUCCUGGUCACAGUGUAGGUGGAAAUGGCUGUUACAAUUCUCCCCUUUCUCGCACUAUGUUGUUACACUUUGGAUGCAGUUUCUGCUUUUGUGAUGUCCAACUCCAACUCCAUCAAGAACCUUCCUUCUUCACCAGUGGGUCAAGUACCAGGCUUCUACCCAGUCAGUGUCAGCCCGGACUCCUUUUAUGACAUUGCCAACAAGUACCAACCUCUAGAUGCUUAUCCUCUUUAUACCUGUUCAGAAGACGAUGACUGUGCAUUGGAUGAGUUUUGCCACAGCUCCAGAAAUGGGAAUACCAUGGUAUGCCUGGCAUGCAGGAAGCGCAGAAAACGUUGUAUUCGUGAUGCCAUGUGUUGCAUGGGCAACUACUGCAGCAACGGAAUCUGUGUCCCUAUUGAGCAAGAGCAGGAACGCUUCCCCCAAACUGGGUACAUUGAAGACCCUGUAGUGGAAAAUUAUCAUGAACCUGCUACAGUGGACUCUCAGACUAAAUUUACCACCUCUCCCUCUGGAAUGCAGCCAUUCAAAGGUCGUGAUGGUGAUGUAUGUCUUAGGUCAACAGACUGUGCCCCCGGAUUGUGCUGUGCUCGUCAUUUCUGGUCAAAGAUCUGCAAACCUGUUCUUGAGGAAGGUCAAGUGUGCACCAAGCAUAGAAGGAAGGGAUCUCAUGGGCUAGAGAUUUUCCAGCGUUGCCAUUGUGGAUCUGGACUAUCUUGUAGAUUACAAAAAGGAGAAUUCACAACUGUACCAAAAACAUCCCGGCUCCAUACUUGCCAAAGACACUGAGGAUACAGUGAUUGACUCUUUAAAUUAAGCUAUAAUAUUGAUUAGCAGAUCAUCUACUCUUCAGAUGUACCUGUAUAUAAUCAGUUAACACUAAGUACUCUGGCUUCAUCUAUGAACUUGAGUAACAAAACUUGUUUCUUUUUAUGGAACUAUCUUCAGUGUUUGCAGUAAAUUACUGUGUUGUAAAUAAAUAAUGCAACUCUCGGUUGUAAAUAUUUAUGUACAUUAAUUGCUACUAUGUUUUCACUCAUAGUCUAUUACUAUGUAAAUGUCUUCUUUUUAUAUGAUAUAGCUACAGUUUUAGAAUAUCUGUAUAUUAACUGAAAUAAAUAUUCUUGAAAAA